AUGAGAAGAUAUCAAUCGACUGUCAACCAAACAACCAACAUCACUACCGGGAAGACAAUCAAGCGAACAUUUAUCUCUAGAUUCAUCAAAUCUAGAAAUACAACCAUUCCCAUCAAUGAGAAACCAUUAGUCACGGGCAAUGGGCCAUUUGUAGAACUACCAAAAUUUCAACCCAUAGAUCCCAAUCACCCCAAUAGUCUCUUGGUGAUAUCAAUUCCCCAAGCGUCUCGCUUAACUAUCAAGAAUGAAUCAAGUAUAAUUGGAAUCAAUGGCGAUUUUAACAAUCUUACCAAUGAGAGUUGUGGAGAGUACAGUCUGGUAUAUUCGAAUUCUGCAGUAAGUGUGCUAAUAAAUGGAAAUAAUAGACAAUAUUCUAUCAUAGAUGUACAAGAGCCAUUGGAAGAGUGGAUUGUUUUAAAUAGAGAAAAUGUAAUUGCAUGGAGUGGAUUUCUAAAACCCAACUUCUCUACCCUUUUACCUCACCAACUCUUAUACCUUUCAAUAUGGACUUUUGGAAGAGGGAAACUUGUUGUGAACGGUGAUAAUGAAUUGUUUAAUGUUGAAUUGAAGCAAGGUGAAGAGAUUUUAGUGAAUCCGAAUUCGUUGAUUGCUGUUAAUAAUCCAAAUAUUGAAAUAAAUAUUCUUGGAAGAGGAAAAGAUGCUGGUGAAGAAACUGUGGGUACUAGGAUAGGAAGAAGUGUAACAGAGUGGAACUUCCCCAAGAUCAAUUUGCCAAAAUAUGGGAUAAUGGGAAGUAUAUUCAAUUCAUUCAGAAGUAUUGCAACCAGAAUUGAACAAGCGUAUUUAGAAUUAUUUGAAAUGCUAGGAGUUGCUAAGUUCUUCAGAUCAAUCAGAUUGAAUAGUAUUACUUAUAAUGUCAGAAAAUACCUUUACGAUCUUGGCGAUUAUGUUAACUUCAAAUUGUUGAAAUAUUUGAUCAACCGAGCUAGAAAUAGAAAUCCGGUAUAUUUUAAAGUGAAAGGUCCGGCUAAAUUAUUAAUGAACAAUAGCCACUAUAGUAGAAAUAUUUUCACUUCCAAAGAAUUGAAUGAUAUCUUUAAUAAGUUUUAA